AUGCCUAAGCAUCGUUGGCGUGAAUCAUUCAAAUCCUUCUUUGGGAGUCAUGUCGACCCAGAAAAAGACGAGGAGCUCAAAGGAACUAGAGCUGAAAUAGAAGGCAAAGUGCAGCAGAUCUUAAAGGCGCUCAAAGAAGGCGACAAUAAUGAAGGAAAAGAGCCACUAAUUGAUCUGAUUACCGAUUUUCACCAUCAGUAUCAGUCUCUUUAUGCACGUUAUGAUCACCUGAUAGACGAGCUGCGAAAAAAAGCAACCGGUAAAAAAGGGGACGACAGCUCCUCAUCCAGCUCAGAUUCCUCGGACUCGGAGGAUUCUCCAAAGAAAAAGGAGAAGAAGAACGGGAAAGUGGAGAACGAUCUUGAAAAUGACACAGCCGGUGUCAAGCAUGAACUCGAGCUGGCACUUUCCGAGCUGGCUGACCUGAGGAGAAAGCUGACAAUCACUUCAGAAGAAAAGGAAACGCUAGUUAGGGAGUGUGAAAGGUCGUCGAGCAAAAUUGAGGACAUUGAGAAGAUAAUAUCGGAGUUGAAUAGUGAAGCUGAAAGAUUGAAAAGCGAUAAUUCCAGAUUAUUGGCUGAAAAUGAGAAUUUGCUUAAGUGGCAAGGUGAGGCGAGCAAGAAGCUGGAGGAAGUGAUUCUAGAGAAAGAGGCUGAUGCUUUGAAAAUCGAGGAGGAGAAGACAAAUGCAGAAAAUUUGAGAGUUGUUAAUGGCCAAUUGCAAGACGAGAAAGACGCCAUACAGCUAGAAUUGGAAGCAGUGAAGGGAGAAUUUUCUAGUUUAAGGGAGAAAUUGAUAUUGGCAGACGAUGAAGUUGCUAAGCUGAGUCAAAUGCAGAAGGCUGCAGAUGAGGAGAAAGGUAGUCUUUUGCUAAAGAUUUCACAUCUUAAAGAACAGGUUAAUCAGGAUGAAAACAAGAUUCAAGAUCUUGUAAACGAGUCAAGCCAAUUAAGUGAGAAACUGGGCCAGAAAGAAAGAGAGCUGUCGACUCACGAGGCUUACAGGGAAGAAAUCAAUGCGAAACUGGAAUUCGCAGAAAAGGAAAACACUACUCUUUCUUUAAAGAUUUCACAACUUGAGGAUGAGAUCAAACAAGCCGAAAGCAAGAUUCAAGAUCUCGUAAAUGAGUCGAGGCAGUUGACAGCCAACUUGGGAGAGAAGCAAAAAGAGUUGUCUAGUCACCUGGAGAGUCACGAGGCUUACAAAGAGGAAACGAGGGAGAAACUGGAAUUAACAGAAAAGGAAAUUGCCAAGCUAAGUGAGAUUCACAAGGCUUCGCAGGAGGAGAACACCAAUAUGUCCUUAAAAAUUUCACAGCUAGAGGAUGAGAUAAAACAAUUUGAAAGCAAGAUUCAAAAUCUUGAUGAUGAGUCUAGCCAGUUAAGGGAAAAUUUAACUGAGAAAGAAACAGAACUUUCCGCUCACCUAGAAAGGCAUGGAGCUGACAAAAAGAAAGCAGCAGAGGAAAUCACUGAGCUAGCUCAGAAGCAAAAGGUUGUGCAAGAAGAGAACUCAAGCCUCCGUAUAAGAAUCUCACAGCUCGAGGAUGACAUAAAACAGGCUGAGAACAAGAUUCAAGAAUUUGUUUCCCAAUCGAGCCAGCUGAGUGAAAAAUUGUCUGCAAAAGAAAGAGAGCUUUCGAGCCACCUCGAGAUUCACGAGGCUCACAAAGAACAGGCAUCAACUCGUGCGAGGGAUUUGGAAUUGGAACUCGACUCAUCUCACGCUCAGAGAAGAGAUCUUGAAAAGCAGAAAAACGAUGAGCUUUUUGUUCUUCUCCAAAAACUCGAGGCACAUGAAACUGACUCGUUAAACCAAAUAAAUGAUCUAAAAGCUCAAGUAAGCAGCCUUCAACAAGAGGCUGAUUCCUUGAAGGCCCAGAAAAGCGACCUCGAAGAACAAAUAGUGCAUAAAAGCAAUGAAGCAUCCGAUCAGAUCAAGAACAUUACCGAUCAGGUCAAUGCGAAGCAGACUGAACUAGAGUCGCUGGUCAGCCAAAAAACUGACAUGGAGAAACUAAUGGAGGAAAAAGUCAAAGAAGUCUCUGAACUUGUGCUCCAGAUAGAGACUCUGAAAGAAGAGCUGGCAAACAAAAGUUCGGUUCUAGACCGGCACGUAGAAGAAAAGCAGACUCUUUUGUUGCAAGUGAUGGAUCUGGAACAAAAGCUCCACUCUACAGGCAAUGAAAAACUGGAAAUGGCGGAACAACUUAAAGCGAAAGGCCAAGAAGUUUCAGAAUUUCUAAUUCGGUCAGAAGCUUUAAAAGGAGAGCUUGAGAAAAUGUCCACAGAGCAACAGAAAACACUUGAAGAGAAGGAAAGUCUUGCUUUGAAAGUGCAGGACCUUACAAUUGACCUCGACUCCCUAACCAGACAGAAACAUGAAAUGGAAGAGGAGAACUCAAGUCUCCGCAUAAAAAUCUCACAGCUCGAGGAUGACAUAAAACAGGCUGAGAUCAAGAUUCAAGAUUUUGUUUCCCAAUCGAGCCAGCUGAGUGAAAAAUUGUCUGCAAAAGAAAGAGAGCUUUCGAGUCACCUCGAGAUCCACGAGGCUCACAAAGAGCAGGCAUCUACUCGUGCGAGGGAUUUGGAAUUGGAACUCAACUCAUCUCACGCUCAAAGAAGAGAUCUUGAAAAGCAGAAAAACGAUGAGCUUUCUGUUCUUCUCCAAAACCUCGAGGCCCAUGAAACUGAAUCGUUAAACCAAAUAAAUGAUCUAAAAGCUCAAGUAAGCAGCCUUCAACAAGAGGUUGAUUCCUUGAGGGCCCAGAAAAGCGACCUCGAAGAACAAAUAGUGCAUAAAAGCAAUGAAGCAUCCGAUCAGAUCAAGAACUUGACCGAUCAGGUCAAUGCGAAGCAGACUGAACUAGAGUCGCUGGCCAGCCAAAAAACUGAAAUGGAGAAACUAAUGGAGGAAAAAGUCAAAGAAGUCUCUGAACUUGUGCUCCAGAUAGGGACUCUGAAAGAAGAGCUAGCAAACAAAAGUUCGGUUCUAGACCGGAACGUAGAAGAAAAACAGACUCUUUUGUUGCAAGUGAUGGAUCUGGAACAAAAGCUCCACUCUACAGGCAAUGAAAAACUGGAAUUGGAGGAACAACUUAAAGCGAAAGGCCAAGAAGUUUCAGAAUUUCUAAUUCGGUCAGAAGCUUUAAAAGGAGAGCUUGAGAAAAUGUCCACAGAGCAACAGAAAACACUUGAAGAGAAGGAAAGUCUUGCUUUGAAAGUGCAGGACCUUACAAUUGACCUCGGCUCCCUAACCAGACAGAAACAUGAAAUGGAAGAGGAGAACUCAAGUCUCCGCAUAAAAAUCUCACAGCUCGAGGAUGACAUAAAACAGGCUGAGAUCAAGAUUCAAGAUUUUGUUUCCCAAUCGAGCCAGCUGAAUGAAAAAUUGUCUGCAAAAGAAAGAGAGCUUUUGAGUCACCUCGAGAUCCACAAGGCUCACAAAGAGCAGGCAUCAACUCGUGCGAGGGAUUUGGAAUUGGAACUCAACUCAUCUCACGCUCAAAGAAGAGAUCUUGAAAAGCAGAAAAACGAUGAGCUUUCUGUUCUUCUCCAAAAACUCGAGGCCCAUGAAACUGACUCAUUAAACCAAAUAAAUGAUCUAAAAGCUCAAGUAAGCAGCCUUCAACAAGAGGCUGAUUCCUUGAGGGCCCAGAAAAGCGACCUCGAAGAACAAAUAGUGCAUAAAAGCAGUGAAGCCUUGGAUCAGAUCAAGAGCUUGACCGAUCAGGUCAAUGCAAAGCAGACUGAACUAGAGUCGCUGGUCAGCCAAAAAGCUGAAAUCGAGAAACUAAUGGAGGAAAAAGUCAAAGAAGUCUCUGAACUUGUGAUCCAGAUAGAGCCUCUGAAAGAAGAGCUGGCAGACAAAAGUUCGGAGCUAGACCGGGACGUAGAAGAAAAGCAGACUCUUUUGUUACAAGUGAUGGAUUUGGAACAAAAGCUCCACUCUACAGGCAAUGAAAAACUGGAAUUGGAGGAACGGCUUAAAGCGAAAGGCCAAGAAAUUUCAGAAUUUCUAACUCAGUCAAAAGCUUUAAAAGGAGAGCUUGAGAAAAUGUCCACAGAGCAACAGAAAACACUUAAAGAGAAGGAGAGUCUUGUUUUGAAAAUGCAGGACCUUACUAUGGACCUCGACUCCCUAACCAGACAGAAACAUGAAAUGGAAGAGGAGAACUCAAGUCUCUGCAUAAAAAUCUCACAGCUCGAGGAUGACAUAAAACAGGCUGAAAACAAGAUUCAAGAUUUUGUUUCCCAAUCGAGCCAGCUGAGUGAAAAAUUGUCUGCAAAAGAAAGAGAGCUUUCAAGUCACCUCGAGAUCCAUGAGGCUCACAAAGAACAGGCAUCAACUCGUGCGAGGGAUUUGGAAUUGGAACUCGACUCGUCUCAGGCUCAAAGAAUAGAUCUUGAGAAACAGAAAAACAAUGAGCUAUCUGCUCUUCUCCAAAAAUUCGAGGCUCAUGAGGCUGACUCCUUAAACCAAAUCAAUGAUCUAAAAGCUCAAAUAAGUAGCCUUCAAAAAGAGGCUGAUUCCUUGAGGACCCAGAAAAUUGACCUCGAAGAACAAAUAGUGCAUAAAGGCAGUGAAGCCUCCGAUCAAAUCAAGACCUUGACCGAUCAGGUCAAUGCAAAGCAGACCGAACUGGAGUCGCUGGUCAGCCAAAAAACCGAAACCGAGAAACUAAUGGAGGAAAAAGUCAAAGAAGUCUCUGAACUCAUGAUCCAGAUAGAGUCUCAGAAAGAAGAGCUGACAAACAGAAGUUCGGAGCUAGACCGAAAUCUAGAAGAAAAGAAUACUCUUUUGUCACAAGUGAUGGAUCUGGAACAAAAGCUCCACUCAACAGACGAUGAAAAAAUGGAAUUGGAGGAACAGCUUAAAGCAAAAGGCCAAGAAAUUACAGAAUUUGUAGCUCAGUCGGAAGCUUUAAAAAGAGAGCUCGAUAAAAUGUUCACUGAGCACAACUCCCUGACCAAUCAGAAACAUGAACUGGAAGAGCAGUUAAGGAGCAAAGAUAGUGAGCUUUCCCUUUUACAGAAAACGUCCGAAGAUGGAGAAAAUGAAUUAUUGGCCCGGAUCGCUGCAUUAACUGCAGAGGUCAACAGUCUUCAAGAGAAUUUAGGUUCUUUGGUAGCUCAGAAAAGUGAAGUCGAUAUCGUUCUAGAGAAGAAGAGUUCAGAAAUAUCUGAAUUCCUGAUACAGAUUGAGAAGCUAAAAGGGGAAUUAUCAGAAAAGUUAGCAGAUGAAGAAAAGUUGCUGCAAGAGAAGGAAAAUGUAACGGUGCAGCUAAAGGAAUUGCAACUGCAGCUGGAGACUCUUCGUAAGCAAAAAGACGAUCUUGAAAAUCAGCUAAUGGAGGAGAAAACUAGUCUAGAGAGCAAAGUUGCCGACUUAGAGAAAUCUAUAACUGAGAGAGAUGAUGAGCUCAUUGCAGUCCAGAAAAAAAUGGAGAACAUGAAGAAUGAGGCAUCUGCUGAAAUAGCUUCUUUGAAAACACAGCAUGACUCCUUACAACAGCAACUCGAAUCAUUACAGUCCGAGAAAACCCAACUGGAGGCACAAAUCGAGAGAAGCAAGCAAGAGUCCACAGAGAGCUUGGCCCUGGCUGAGAACAGUAACGCCGAACUAGUGAACAAAAUCACCAAGCACGAAAGAAAGCUGAAAGAGAAGGAAGACGAACUUUUCACAUUGCUCGAGGAGCACAAAAACCUCGAAGCUAAGCUCCAAGAAUGCCAGGAAAGUCUCGAAUCAUCAGAUAAAAAGAUAGAAGAAUUGAUCCAACUGCUCGAAAAAGUAACCGAAACAAAAGAUGAGGAGCUUCUUCAACUGGAAGCAAAAAUCGAGGACCUGAAGAGGGACCUCGAGAUGAAAGACGACGAAAUCAACACGAUGUUGGAAAACGUGCGGAACAUAGAGGUCAAGCAGCGGCUGACGAGCCAGAAGCUCCGUAUUACCGAACAACUACUAAGCGAAAAAGACGAGAGCUACCUCCGAAAGGAAGAGAAGCUUCUGGAAGAACAUAAAUCUUUAGAAGACAAAGCUCUCUUGCUUUCCACCAUAAUCACAGUCUACAAAGAAGCUCACGCGAGGAUCGCUUCAGAAAUAUCCGAAAAGGUUAAUGAUAUGUUCACCGCCUUUGACGCCUUCCACGUAAAGUUCGAAGAGGAUUACGGUCACUUGGAGUCACGAGUUUAUGAAAUUGGAAAUGAGCUCAAGGCCGCCACAGGCUUCAUCAAGAAGGAAAUUUUCGGUUUGAGUCGAGCAUUGAACGAGGAAAAGGUUAAGGGAUCAGCAUUGGAAGCUAAGACUUGUGAGCUGGAGCUGAAGCUGCAAAACAAUGCCGAAGAAAAGAGAAAUUUUGCGCAGACCGUGAGACUAAGGGAGGAGAAAGUCGGUGAGCUCGAGAUACAAAUGGAAGAGUUGGAAAGGAAGAUGAAGGAGAAGGAAACAGAGUUCUUGAAUUUGAGUGAGGAAAAAAGAGAGGCAAUAAGACAGUUGAGUGUCUUGAUCGAGUAUCAUCGUAAUAGGUACGAUGAUCUCAAGGGCAUGCUGCCAAAAACAAGAGAUGGAGCAAGAGCAAGGCAAGUAGCUGCUUGA